AUGGAUUCCUCGGAGGCCGCAAAGGUUAUCAUCGACAGAAUCUCGAGGCUAGAACCGGAACACAUUGCGAAAAAGAUAAUCGGCUACAUUUACUUUCAAGGCCUUUCGGACCAGGAAAUGAUCCGGUUGGCAUUAGGGCCCGACUUCUUAAUCCACAGCUUGAUCCAAAAGGCCAAAACCGCUCGUCUACUAGCUCCGGCACCUCCUGUUAUAUCUCCCCCAAUUUCCCCCACGAUGAAUCCCGACCCUCCUUUCCAGCACAGCCCGUUUCGACACGUUUCGCCCGCUCGGUUCUCAGCCCAAGCAGGCCCAAUCCGGAGAAUGAACCCUCCUCACUGGGACCUGCAGCUGGGCCUCGAGCAGCCUCGGGUCCCACCACCAAUGCACAGCCCGCCUUUCAAAAUGAUACCGUAUUCUGUGGGAGUGGAGGACCCUCUGGCGGAGGCUGCGCAUUCGAAUUUCCCGAGCGAUUUCUACUGCAAUAGAAGGAGUUCACCGGGCCCGGGCCCACUUGACUAUCAUCCCGUCAAAACAUGUCAUUACUUCAGCAAGGGCUUCUGCAAGCACGGCAGCGAUUGUAGGUACUUCCAUGGAGAACAGUUUCCAGAUGGCUGCUAUCCUCCUUUGUUCGGUGCAAACCAGUAUGACGUGGCGCCAGCUGGUGGGGCGGACGAGCACCUGUUCUCGCCAGGCUCCCUUGAGAAGCUUGAGCUGGAAAUAACGGAGCUUCUGAAGUCGAGAAGGGGCCACCCUGUGUCGAUCGCAUCCCUCCCGAUGAUGUAUUAUGAGAAAUACGGUCGGACUCUGCAGGCAGAAGGGUAUUUGACAGAGAGUCAAAGACACGGAAAAGCUGGGUAUAGCUUGACAAAACUUCUUGCUCGGCUGAAAAGCAGCAUCCGGUUAAUUGACAGGCCCCAUGGGCAGCAUGCGGUGAUACUGGCGGAGGAUGGUCCGAAAUAUAUGGAUAUCCAGGGAGAGAGGAAUGAUCCAGGCCCGAUUGUUAGCGGUUCACGCCAGAUAUAUCUGACUUUUCCGGCAGAGAGCACGUUUACUGAGGAAGAUGUUUCUAGUUACUUCAAUACUUUUGGAGCAGUGCAGGAUGUUAGGAUUCCAUGCCAGCAGAAGCGAAUGUUUGGUUUUGUGACUUUUUUGAGUGCAGAAACCGUGAGGCUAAUUUUGUCCAAGGGGAAUCCACAUUACGUGUGUGGUGCUCGUGUUCUGGUGAAACCAUAUCGAGAAAAGUCGAAGCUUGUUGAAAGAAAGUACCUGGAAAAAUUUGACCAUCCUGUUUAUUACCACCCACACCCUGCGGAUAUUGACCCAGAACGUCAAACGAGCUGGGAAUCAUCUAGAAUGUUCCGGAGGCAGCUAAUGGAAGAACAUGAACACGCCAUGGAGUUAGAGACAAUGCGCCUCUCACAACUCCAGUUAGGCUGCAAAUCUUUCCCCAUCCGGAAUUGUUUGGGUUAUACCAUGGAUGAGCUCAAAGUACCUCAAGAGCGGUUCAAUUCACUGCUCGAUGCCCUGAACAGUGGGUCUACUAAUGAUGACAACACCAAGCUUCCAUCUAACAAUUGUGGUGACCAGGAGAGUUCACAAGGACUUAAUCUACCGGAAAGUCCCUUUGCAUCUGCAGUGGCUAGCAGUGUUUCAGCAGUUAUAUAG